AUGGAUCUCCAAGGAAAUCCCAUUCCUCCCGGUAACCGCAGCACCAAGGUCACCACCGACCCUGCAGCAUCUCGCCAGCCCAUUGAAGAGCCCUCAGGCCCAGUGGCCAACGACUCCCUGGCCGCCGAGUCCGUCAGUCAUGGCGGCGCCUUCAGCGAAAACUGGGGUGCCGAGCCCAUGGGCGUUUCAGGCCAACAAUCUACCUUGACAAACACCGACACCUCAUCCGCCUCGACCCUCCCGUCCGCGCCUGUAGGCGCCAUGCGAGAGGACCGCGAACGCCAGACGAAGUACCCUGAGGGCUUGGGUGGCCAGGGCGACUUCCCAGGCCGCCAUGUGCCUGAGACAGGCUACACCGGCGGUCCCGAAAAGGCCAAGAAGCAAAUGGGCCUGCACGCCGGCGAGUACCCUGCUUCUGAGAAGAUGUCCGGGCGCCAUCAGGCUGCUGCCGCCGGCGGUAGUGGCCACCAGAGCAACCCGAACCAGAAGCCCAAGGGCAAGAACCUAACGGAAGGCGGAUUUGAAUCUACGGACCGUAACAACGCCAGCUUCAACUCUGAAAUCGGCUCGAAGCAGGAUCCUGGUCGUGCGGCGGAGCAAAAGUUCCAGCGCCACGUCGCUGAGAGUGGGAAUGAUGUUGGCGGUCCUCGUCAGAAGGGUGUCGACAACCAGAACUGGUACCAGCCCUUGGAGCCUGACCAGCGUGCUUAG